AUAUUGACCGCUCUGGAGGUUCUCGGAUACAAGGUGGUCGCUUCUUCCAGUACCAGCGUCAAGCAAGACUACAACGAAUACAUGUGGACUAUGAGAAAAGAUUUCUCGGAGCCUGAACCUGAACUCGUCAUAAAAGCACAUUGAAGAAAAAAUGGCGAAAGAGUACGAGCACGAGCACGAGCACGAGCACGAGCACGAGAGAGGAGUAGACUCCUGUUGCAGUUUAUCCGCCAACUUGGGUGUUAGUCAAUCUUUGUCCGAGAUCGAAUUCGAGCGAGGCAUAUGGUACGCCGCUCAAUACAACGACAAGGACAAAGUAGAAGGAUUUUUAAGAAAGGGAAUUAGGGCGGACAUCGAAGAUUCCGCUGGAUACACGGCUCUUCAUUAUGCAGCUCGGAAUGGACAUUAUCGGAUCUGUGAGAUGUUGUUGCAACAUGGAGCUAACGUAAACGCUAGAACGCGUUGCGGCCAAGCAACUGCUCUUCACAGAGCAGCUACGCAAGGACACGAUCGCGUCGUCGAAUCUUUGUUAAAGCACGGUGCUAAUGCAGAUUUGAAGGAUGCCGAUGGAUGUACCGCUCUGCACAGAGCUAUUAUUGCUGCUCGCGUGUCCGUUUGCGAAAGUUUGAUUCCGCAUUCGGAUCUCUCCAUCGUCGAUAAUAAAAAUCGUACCGUGAAACAAUUGGCUAACGAGUACUGCAACGACGUCGUUUCGCUUUUAUCUUCGUAAUCUUAACAAAAAUGUUUUUAUCUUACGUCGUCAAUUAUCUUCGUAUUAAAAAUAAUCGAUUAAUGCAAACAAAUAUACUUCGAUAUCUUAUUGAACAAUAGGAUUAGACUUCAAUGCUGAUCAUCAUCAGCCGUCACGUCAGCUGUCGCAAUGACGAACGUAACAUUAAUAAACGAAUAAAAUACAA